GCAGCCUCGGCGGCAGCGCUCAUCCUUCCGAGCGGAAGACGCGGCGGCGGGAGCGCGUCAAAGCCCCGCCGCGCAGCCGCCGCGCUGCGCCGCUGGGCGGGCGGCGCCGCCGACGGCAGCGGACGACAACGGCCCCCCUUCCCUCUUCGCCAGCCGGGAUCCCGGCCGCGCGUCCAGUGGGCGAGGUUCGCGCCGUCGUUCGCCGCGACCACGCGACGGGGCCAUGUCGACUCCCUCCGAGGGGCCGCCUGAAAAGAAGCAGUCUGCAGCGCCCGAGGAUCAGCGGUCGGCGCCUGAAACGGGCCAGCAGCGACCGCCCGAUAAACAGCAGCCAUCACUUCAGAAACAACAGGCACCGCCUGUAAAGCGGCAAGCGCCGUCGGAUAUUCGGCAGCCGCCGUCUGCAAAGCGACAGGCGCCGCCUGGGAAGCCGCAGUCACUACCGGAAAUCAGAAAUCAGUCAGCGCCUGAAAAGCAGCAGCCAGAUUCCAGUAAGCAGCAAGCGUCGUCGUUGUCUGGAAAGCCGCAGGCCCCGCCGGAAGAGGAACGAUCAGAGCUCCGGAAGGAGCAGACAUCGCCACGGCCUUUCCAAGGACAGCGGCAGCCGCAGCCUGCAGGGUCGGAACGCCUCCCUUCGCCGCCGUGGUCGAUGUCUCGCUCGCCGACGUCGUUCGCGGAGCUCGACGACGAGUUGCCGGCGUCGUCGUCGACGUUCUUCACUCCUCCGUCCGAGAUCAGGCCGGGCGCCGAGUCGACCGGGGUGACCACUCUGCUGCGCUCGCCGGCGCACAUAUCACACGAUCAGCUGAUCUCGAUGGCGAAGGCGUACCGCAACUGGCCCGGGCCCACGCCGCUGCCCCACGGAAGCUACCGGCACCGCUGCCGCUAUGAGUGCGUCCACUCUGGUCAGUACGGAGUGGUCUCCGUCCGGCCCAAGAACUGGCAAGGGGACAGGACCAACUAUGUCAACCUUCCACACGUCAUCGCCAUGGUGGGUCUUCCUGCCAGGGGCAAGACCUACAUUGCCAAGAAGCUGACUCGAUACCUCAACUGGAUUGGCAUCCAGACAAGAGUGUUCAACGUUGGUGAAUAUCGGCGUCAAGCUACGGAGGCCUACAGGAGCCAUGAUUUCUUCAGAGCAGAUAAUGCUGAAGCCAUGGCCAUCCGCAGCAAGUGCGCCUUGGAUGCUCUCGAGGACAUGUGCAAAUGGCUGGAGUCUGAAGGUGAAGUGGCAGUGUAUGAUGCGACCAACACAACCUACGAAAGGCGCAAGCUCAUCUUCAACGUGGUCUGUGAGCGAUUUGGCUUCAAGCUGUUCUUCGUCGAAUCCUACUGUGACGACCCCAAGAUUAUUGAAGCCAACAUUCGGGAAGUGAAAGUCAACAGCCCAGACUACAGAGAUAUGAACAAGGAUGAUGCCCUCUUAGAUUUUGUGCACCGCAUUGAACACUACAAGGCUUGCUACCAGACCCUUGAUGAAGUUCAGGAAAAGCAGUAUUCAUUCAUGAAGGUCUUUAACACAGGACAAAAGGUUGUCGUGCACCGACAUGAAGGGCACAUCCAGAGUAGGGUAGUCUAUUACCUUAUGAACAUACACAUCAUGCCAAGAUCCAUCUACUUGACAAGGCAUGGCGAAAGUGUCCUGAACCUGCAGGGAAGGAUUGGUGGGGAUGCUGAUCUCUCCGAACGGGGACGGGAGUAUGCACUUGCACUGGCGAAGUUCAUAAAGAAGCAGUCCAUUCCACGCCUCCGUGUCUGGACCAGCCAACUGAAGCGCACCAUCCAGACUGCAGCAGGCAUCGAUGCUCCACAAGAGCGGUGGAAGGCUCUGAAUGAAAUUGAUGCCGGCAUAUGUGAGGAGAUGACAUAUGAGGAGAUCCAGGAGAAGUUCCCUGAAGAGUUUGCUGCCCGAGAUCAGGACAAGUUUCAUUACCGGUACCCACGGGGCGAGUCCUAUGAAGACCUGGUGGCUAGGUUGGAGCCUGUCAUCAUGGAACUGGAGCGCCAGGAGAAUGUCCUUGUGGUUGCGCACCAAGCUGUCCUGCGUUGUCUGCUUGCCUAUUUCCUUGACAAGAACUCUGAGGAGCUUCCAUACCUGCGUGCUCCACUGCACAGCAUCAUCAAGCUUACACCCACGGCCUAUGGCUGCGAAAUGAAGAAGUUCAGCGUGCCCAUAGCUGCAGUGGACACACACCGCGCCAAGCCCAGCAUUCCAGGAACUUUGGAGGACAAGUUCAAGGCUAAGAACGACGAGUGACCCCAUUUACCGCAUCUCUAGACUUCCGUCCUCUCCUCUUUUCGAUGAUCCUCCAUGUUUCGAGAUGGACAGCGUCUUGACCUGCCUUUACGUAGAAACCUUGUGGCCACUACACAAAAGCGAAAAAAACAAAAACACAGCCUGCGGUGGAUCCGAUGUUGUGUAUACGUACUUGUUCAUGAAGACAUCCCUGUUGGCGAAAAGUCUUAGGGCCUCGGUAACUUUGCCCGAAGAUACAUGGAUGAGAAGAAUUCACUUUAAUGGCUGAAUCGGUGUGAUGGCACCUGCACCCUUUGCCGUGCCCACAGUGCACCGCCAUCUUCUCUGUUGCUUUUAUUUUUUUUUCUUCCUCUGUCUCAUGAGGUGCGGCUCGUGUUGUGAUCCUUUGGAGUAUGUGAUAAACUUUCCCUGAUGUGCAAGCCCGGCGACAACGUGCUGUGUUUGAUGCACUUGGGAGGUUGAGUUGUGAUAGGACAGUGGGAAUCCCGUCCGAAACGGUUCCUGUGUGCGCGAAUUGGACCGCAGUUGCCUGUGUGCGGAGUUGGCGAUUCUUUCACCCACGGAAGUGUGCGUGGGUGAAAGGGAACGAGGUAAAUGUUAAGUUGUAAAUGGCGUUUUAGUAAUGCAUAAUACGUUUUAUGCCGCCGGCAGAGGUACAUAACCGCUGAAGGACACACACCAUAAAGUGGGUGAAAAGCCGAUGACAUGUCAUACGAUUAUGUAUCGAGAGUUCUAACAUGACGGCCCGCCGUGGUUGCUUAGUGGCUAUGGUGUUGGGCUGCUAAGCACGAGGUCGCGGGAUCGAAUCCCGGCCAUGGCGGCAGCAUUUCGAUGGGGGCGAAAUGCGAAAACACCCGUGUACUUAGAUUUUAGGUGCACGUUAAAGAGCCCCAGGUGGUCGAAAUUUCCGGAGUCCCCCACUACGGUGUGCCUCAUAGUCAGAAAGUGGUUUUGGCACGUAAAACCCCAUAAUCUAAUCUUCUAACAUGACGGAGAUGCAUUGGCGUAGAAUACGAGAAGCCGUAUACAGGAUUAUCGAGUGACCUUAGAUUAGCAGCGAAUGUGGCAACGCCUUGCGAUGCUGAUGUACCUACGAUGCACGGAACUCCUGCAAUGCUUGACUAUUGUGCAGGUCAGGCUGACCUCCAAACUUUCUCUCAUUAAAAGCUUCUUGCGCUUAUCUGAAGGCGUAAACGACUCCCCAGAUGCACUUACCAAGCGUGCGCACUGAAAUGUUCCGAGGAGAAACAAUGCGCCGCUAUGGCAGGAAAACUGGUUAGAAUGCGCAAACAUGCUGCUUCGUUUCAUUUGAACCCCACGGACCUGUACCGGCUCCCCCUCACGUGCCUGUAGCGUUUAGGAAACCUUGAAGACAUGAAAUUCAGCUAAAUUCAGCUACUUAACAUGAAAAUCAUGUUAAGUAAACACCAACUCGCCCAAGAAGAAGUUAUCCUCAGCAGACGGUGCUCCUGCAUUUGCCUCCUUCGAAGUCUUUGUCACCGCCGACGACGACAGUGUUGAGGUUUUUGGGCAACUCAACAAUGACGGCACUGUCAGCAACGUGACAGUUCAAUGCUGAGGCAGCGUUUGAACGCGUCGACGCUCUUCGCCGUAUCUUGAUCGCUCGAGUCGCGCUUCAAGAUGGUGAAACUACAGAAAAUGUUAAGGAGUAAAAAUAUAUAUCCAAAUAAAAUUGUAUUCGUUCAUUUUGCCGCCGUUCGUUAAUUCGACCUUUCGGAUAACUCGACGAAAUCUUGCGGUAUCGGAACAGUCGUAUUAACGGUUGUCGACUGUAUCGCACAACGCAACGUUCCUGGUGCUCUAUAUGUGAACCAUGGCAUCAGAAGGUUUCGCCACUAAUUGCAGGUCUCGUACCGUCUACGCUAAUGCUUCUUUGCUCUAUUAAAGCUAAUCUUGCUUGUUAUUCGGGAUUUGGUCUCGGGAUUGCUCGGAUACGAGACCAUUGCACGAGAACACAGAAAGUCGGUACCAGCACUGACCAUCGCAUGCAUUUAGCUUUGCCGGCGUUCAACUCGGACACUUGGACGAACUACGUAACGGAACGUCAGGGGCAUAAAACGUAUUCUGCACAAUUCCUACGUUUAGUGGUUACGCAGUCGGAGGUAACAGACACGAACAGGGUUGUGCGCGUCGCUUCGGCUGUGCCGGUAGCGCGCGCGCGCAGGUUCUUGUAAAUGACACUGUGUAUAGGCUUCAUGAACCUUUCUGUAUGCGUGCGCUGCGCGCACUUACGCUUGUGAAACGCAUUGUAUGCGGUAUGUGCUUUGCCUCGUUGGUGGUAUAUCGUGCAGGUUCACGAGUUAGCCGUGUGUGACCAACUCCGGUGCUAGAGCACUUGACUGAGCGUUCUUACGACGCGCUUCGCACGAACUUGUCACGCAACCCCCGUAUUCUGAAACAAUGCUCGACCACUGAGUUUAUCACAGCGCCGCCCCUCCACUACAGAAGACACCAAGUUUCUCAAAGGUUGUUGUGCACUGUGUAUGUAACGCAAUGACUGCUUCUGUGAAGGGGCGGCGUGGCUGGCAUCGACUUUCCAUAGUCGAGAUGGAGUGUUGUGUGGAAGAAUGUUCUAGAAUACGGGGACCUUUAUGGAGGAGCGCUCUGUACUGAUUUGGACGCUUAGUUGCGCUUAACGCAUUAAACAAGCCUGUGCGCUAAAUUACACUUGCCAGAAGAUGCUAAAUAGGCCUGGAAAGCAACAGGCUUGGAAAGCUGAAGAGCGGCUGAGCGUCUUGCGCAUGCGCUCUUUCCGCUAAGCGUCCGGGCGGAGCGAACCGUACAAGCGCUCGGAUAUAACAGAAUGGCUCUAGCUGCUCUGGUGACUUAAUAUGGGCCGUGCGAUAUCACAGUAUGUUGUUCAGUCUUUGCUUGCACCACCGUAAAGUUUGGUUCUGCAUUUUUUUUUCCUACAGUAACCGUGAAACUGUGCACCGACCGAAGGAGUCCGAUCAGCGCGAUCCCAGAAAUUUGGGCUACUAAUAAUGGUGACCGUUGUCAAUGAAACGCUAAAAGGAGGCACUAAACUUGGCUGACAUAUUAGAGUUAUAGAAUGCCCUGUCCGCUCGACACACUUAUCUAUUGUUCGUCGAAAAAAAGAAAAUGUGACGGCUUGACGGGCCAUAGUCCUAUUUUCAUGCCCAAGGCACGGUACCGGUUGUUUGUGUGGAGUAAGGGUAUUUGCGAUAUCUACGCAGAAUCAUUACCGUGCAACAAAAGUUGCCGCUUAGGAGCUUGUUUUUUGUCUUUUCCAAUAUAGGCGUAGUAGGUAGCCGCGGCUUGACUUUGAUAAACGACCCUACUUCGCUAAAUAUGACGCCACCCAGUGCUGGUGCGGGAAAUCAAGGGGGGCGUCGCCACCCGCAUUUUUGCUUUGUCUCGUUUUCUGCUUCGCCAUGCAUCCGUUGUCGCUAAAUAGCCACCGACUUGGUAUUCUAAAGGUGUAAUAUGUGAAGUUCAGCUUAAAGAGACUCUAAAGAAAUAUAUAACUAGAGCUUUACUAGAAGAUUACUUUUCUAGAAUGCAAAAAAAAAAAAAAAAUUCCGAGGGCACCUAGGCAUCUCAUAUGAGUUGUGAAUGCGAAAGCAUUGACGUUCAAUUGAACGCCGCUGAGCGUUCAUUCGAGUUAUGAACUCGCGGGCAAGCGAGCGCGUUGAGACGCUUAUUACGCGAACAAGGAACGCGCGGAUAACACAGGAUUCCGCGAGCGAGGGAGAUUUGGCGUAGCGGCGAUGCCCUCUCCCCUCUUGCAACGCCUGGCGCGCUACUGAAGCAGCGAGUGUUCCCUUUCGCCACCUUCUCUCCAUUGGUGGCGCCGUCACGUGCCCAAUGACGCACGUACUAGGCCACACGUUUAGGCCGCCGGAAGGCAGCGACGUGAAGUUUGCAAUGACGCACACACUAGGCACACCUUUAGUCAGCCAGAACCGUGGAGCCGCCGUGGUGUCGGGUAAGCAGGCCCGGGCUCGACUCCCACCUCGGUCGAAAUGUGCAAAAUUUUCCCUGAGAAAUCUGACGUCAAUCCGAGCAUUCCUGACUUGUUUUUACUCUUUGCGCCGUCGGCCAUUUUCGAUACUAUAUUUAGGUAACGUCGACUACGGCAGAUUUUCGCUCGACGAGGCAUAUAAUGCUUUCGCAUUAAAGAAAGAAAAAAGCCUCCACGUGAGAAGACACUUGAUAAGUUAGACAAGACUCAAAAAUAGACAGGUGGCGACGCCGCCUUGGAAGUCCCCGCAUCCGCUCGCUGUGACAUCAUGAAUUUUAACGGUGUCUGCACGGACGUAGUUAUUUUUUUUAAUUGGCAAAGAUGGAAGAGCACUGUAUUCUAAAGGAGGCCACAAACUGAACCUAGCAAGUUUCAGAAACAUUUACACCGUCAAUGGAAUCAAAAGAUGUGGGAUUUCAAUGGGCGCUGUUAAUGUCCCGGUAUACGCUAUACAGGGACACUAGGCGCUGGAUUUACGACGCAAACUUAAAAAGAAAUAAGGCUAUCGCUUUUAAUGAUCAACCUACUACUGCGAAAUUUACUGGAAAUGCUUUUAAAAUUCUUUAUCAGUAUACACUGAUUAAAUGUAUGUUUAUUUUCCCUUUAAUGUUUUCUUCAUUGUCCCUCUAUAAUGCCGUUCUCUUUGUUAAAUGCGGGUUAGCCAAAGAAGAUAUGCAGCUCUUACGAGGCCCAGUUGUAACCUCGGAAGAUCGAAAUCUUUUGUUGCAGCCUCGUAGAUUUUCCUUCCGCCAAGAGCGUUUAGGUUCUAAAAUAUUAUUUCGGGCCUCAGGCGACAUGCUGCGACUUGGGUUGCAACUGUAGCUGGAGAAAUGCUCAUGAAAGUCGCGCGGUCGGUGCGUUUUAACUAUCGCAAAUUAACCGCGACAAGAACGAAUACGUGAGUGCGUAUUCUCGAUCCAAUCAUUUAAGGAGAUACUUUCACUUUUCCAUAAUGCAGCGUCCAGCGCGACAAUUCGCAGCAUUGACGGACAUCGUGUUGGACGACUCAGCCAAUCAGCGCGCUUUACAACGUGCAUACUUAGGCGAGUGAUAGAUCGAAAAUAUGGCGCAUGAUGACAUGUGGUUUUCUUCUGUCGGUGCACACCAUGCACCGUCUCAUACAUAGCAGGCACGGCUCCGAAAGCUAGCAAGACCUCUCAGCGCUCGCAUCCGUGAAAAAAAAAAAAAAAUGUGCAUCUAUUAUAUAAUAUACGAGUAUAUAGGUAUGCCUCAUAUACUUCGGCUGUCUCGUACUUUUGUCGCAAGAUAUGUACAACUAACUAUCACAUGGUAGACGUCGCAGAUCUAAACCUCGUUACCACGGAACGGUCGGAGUGACAUGUUUCCGUGACCAAAAACGUCGUACGUCGCACAUUAGAAGCACAGUAGUGCACAGCUAAUUCGUGACUCGACGUAACCUUACGUCCGCAAGUUGAAGUUGUAAUAUUCGAAGUGAUUAUUUCGUAGAAAGCGUCGCAGAUCAAAAAUAGACGCAGUGCGAAACGCGUGGAGUAGUACUUCCGUGACCGUACUCCUAGCGUAGCUUCCGCAGCAUUGCCUGCUCUGUAUGAAAUGGAGUAUGGAUAACAACGUCACUGUGGCUUUGGAGCUCUUAAGUUAGAGGGGGUCACCUUUCCUGCAUUGAACAAGAUGCUAUGGGAACCUUUCACAAUCGUUAAGAGGCCACCUGCAACGAGAUUUUAAGUUGGGCAAAAUUGGUUAUACAUGAGUAGCGUAUAACUACUGGAGCAAUCUUGGCAAAUCUUCAGGCCUCUCCAAUUACUUAACUGUCUAAUAUUGUUAUUAGCACCUUUUCAAUAUUAGCACCUAAACAGACAACCCGUUCGUUCACUUGGUGGAUGGCGGGUAUGACGGAAGUCCCAGCACGUUACCUUAAAGGCUUCUUUCUAUUUAUCGGCACUGUCUGAAACACUGCUUUUUAUGUGGCCCAGAAAUUCGUUGCAGUUGGUCUUUAAGUACUUUGGACGCCGUGUAUACAGCCUACCCGUUGUUCUUGUUGUGCUUGCAUAUAUAUAUAUAUAUAUAUAUAUAUAUAUAUAUAUAUAUAUAUAUAUAUAUAUAUAUACACGUGAUAGUUUUUGAGCAUAUUUUUGAUCUCCUUGUACACAAGUGCAUAUGGCUUGAACACUACACUGAAGUAUUUGUGCUUAGAUUAUUAUGAUAACUAUUAGUCCCACUGUAAAAUCCUGACGAAUAAAAGCGUUUUAUGGAAUCUACAAACGGA